CUCGAUUGCAACUUCUUUGGACGUCGCCUGAUGCUUUAGGACAGCUAAUUAAAUGUCUUCUGGUGCUUGUUAGACGAAAUGUUACGAAGCGAAACGAAUAUGAGGUCACAAGGAAUUAUAGAUAUGACAAUGCUGGUGAUUACAAACAAGAGAUUAUUCCACUGAAUUGAAGGUAAUAUGCAGGUUCUACGUUACCGGAGUCUGAGUUUUGUUGGAUGAAGAAUUUGCCGCCCUCCAAAAAACUAUUCAGAUAAUCUGGUAAAUUUCCUUAGAGUUUUUGGUUCUCUAUAAAGUUAGCUGGGCAUUUGAAUGCGGAACAUGUCAUGUGAUAACUAUCCAGAAUUUUUUAAUGCUUGUUCAGGUUUAUUAAUAUGUUUAUUUUUCAAAGAAUAGGAUGAGGCAGCAGAAUCUGCAAAAUACUCAAAUACAGAGGAAGGAUGUCCAUACUAAAGGCAUCAUGGAAAGGAUUAUUGCUAAUAGGUAAAUUAUUUAUUUUCAAGAAUUUUAAAAUUAUCAUGUUGCAGCUGUCUCUUACAUGCAGCAAACCAACUUAUCAUACCAGAGUUGCCGCAGGUUAAAGAACUGGCAGUACAGUUACAGCAUUCAGGGAGAGAUAUUGUGGAUUUGAAUAAACAAGCAAUGGAUACUACAAAAUUAGAAGAGAAAUACAAUGAGGAGAAAGACCAACCUCUCCAGUCUGCUGCUUGUCAUGUUCAAAAGGCAAAAUCUUGUGAAAGACCCAAUCUAGAUUCUUCAGUCACAAGCCAAGAUAAUGGUAUUUCUAAAGAAGCUGCAAGUCUUAAAGAUGAAAGUUGCUUGGAUAAACUCCCUUUAGAGAAGCAUUUCUUGUUCAAAACUUUUGAAGAACAAAUGAAUAACCCUGAGACAGAGGGACCAGUUUUGUAUACAUCAUACAGGCUCAAACAUAUCUUAUCUUCAGAAGAGUGUGUGCAAGAUUCCUUGCAUAUUUUAGAGGAGAGUAAGCCAAAGAUGAAGAGAGGGCCAUACAAGAAAAUGCUCAAGGUUAACUUUGAUCCAGACGGUAAUCCAGGCAAACCUUACUUUUGUGAUGAAUGCGGCAGGAGGUUCAAAUUACGUGACAGUCUCAGAGCUCAUCAAAAGCAGGGACAUUCGGAGGAACGACCAUGGGGGUGUGAGCAGUGUGGGGCUUCAUUUAAGAAAAAAGGCACAUUAACAGCUCAUUUAGACAUCCAUAGAGGUAUACGUCCAUUCAAGUGUGAAUCGUGUCCUGCUAGUUUCAGACGGCAAACUGAACUGAAUAUCCACUGCAUUAAACAUAGUAACAUCAAACCAUAUGAGUGCACACUUUGUAGAGCUGCUUUUGCUUGGAAAAACAGUCUAAAGCAUCAUAUGAAAACACAUUCAUCUGAAAAACCUUAUCAGUGUGAAGUGUGUAAAGCAACUUUUAAAUGGCCAGAUUCAUUGAAAUUGCAUAUGAAUACCCAUUCAUCAGUAAAAGAGUUUGGUUGUGAUGAGUGUAAGGCAAGAUUUAAGUGGAAACGCAGCUUAAGAGCACACAAACUUACUCAUUCUAGUAUAAAGCCUUUUGUUUGUGAUUUGUGUGGAUCUCAGUUUGUCCAACGUGCCAAACUGAAGCUUCAUAUGGUCGUCCAUACUGCAGAUAAACCUUUUAAAUGUGAGCUUUGCAAAAUGGCAUUUGCCAGAAAGGAUCGCUUGAAGUCCCACAUGAAAGUGCACUCUGUGGAAAAGCCACACGUUUGUGAUAUAUGCAGAGCAGUCUUCAGGUGGGAUUAUGGCUUGAAGAAGCACCGGUUAAUACAUGAGAAAGCUGAAUCACAGCCCUGUAAACAGUGUGGGGAGACUUUCAUGUGUAUUAGGGAAGCAAAGAGACAUGUCAAAGUUCACACUGUCCCUAAUACAUUAAGAUGCAAGGAAUGCAGCAUGACUUUCAGAUGCAAAAAGGAAUACAACAAACAUAACAGAUGUGUUCACAAGCCGUCUAGUAAAGAAGCUCUACAUAAAAAUAAAAUCAAACAAAGGAAACACACUUGGCAAGGUUUGCAAAUAUCUGAUGAACCUGUGUUGAUUUGUAUUGAACCAUGUGUUGAAGACAUAAUGCAAGAAACAGAUGAUGAACAGGAAAUACUCGAUGAUGGGGGAAGCAAUGCUGUCAAGGAUAAAGAGGAUAAGUCUAAUGUACAGAGCGAAGAGUACGGAAAUGGUGAAACUCACUGUAGAAAUGUGAAGGAGGCAUUCUGAAGGUUUCCAGUAUAGAGGGAGAAAAGGUAGAUGUUCAUGAAGAGGAAAUGUCAAAGAAGGAAAACCUCAAAAUUUGAUGAAAUGUUUUCUUCACCAUGAAAGAAAUGUAAGUUAUUCUCUCUCUCUCUCUCUCUCUCUCUCUCUCUCUCUCUC